CUUGUAGCUGAUGGCUGACCACACCACCAUGCAGCUGCUUACUUUUGGUCUCCUGGUCCUCUGUCUUCACGCCUCGAGCAUCUCGUUGACGUCUCUCCCAGGUCACACGGUGUCCUUGAACUGCACGGAUGCCACCAGCAGUGUCGGCUCACCGAGGCUUUGGUACAGGCAGCUACCCCGCGGGCCUCCUCAGCCCAUACUGCAAAUCUUCAGCCCCAACCACACAUCCCACUUUUCCUACUUUAAGUUCGGAGGACAUUUUCUCGUAAAUAAAAGUUACACUUUAGUCAUCCAGAACGUCACCCAAGAAGACGCUGCGACCUAUUACUGCUCACAGCUAGAGAAGGACGUGUGCCGCUUCAGCGACGGGAUCGAGCUGCGAGUGGACGGAUCAAUGGAAGUGAAUGGGACACCUGAAGCAGGUGCAGCUGGACUUUCUUGUCACUGUAGAAUUUUGAUUUGGGUGUCUGCCAUCUUGGGAUUCCUGCUGUUGGUGAUGACCUCUGCUUUGACGUACGCAGUGUGCAGACCGAAGUCUAAAGUGAGACGGCUUUCAAAGCAAAUGGAAAGUGACCAGAAAUCCAGAAGGCGAUGCUUCGAUUCUGAGAUUUCGUCGACCAAAAAAGAGUUGGAGGGUGAAUAUGAGAUGCUCUCCCACAAGGACCAGGCUUUAUAUGAAGUAUGUCAACACUCCCAGCAAACAGCAAGGAAAUGAAGAAUGGAGCAGAGCAGAGGAAGAUCAAUCAGUCUGUGGGGAAGUUCAGUAGUUGGCUUUAAUAAAAGUAAAAUGCAGUUUGAUUUUCACAAUUUCACAACUUCAAAGAAUCUCAUUAAAAAAAAAAAAAAUAUUGCCAAGUAUGCCACGUAGGACCCAUUUACUGAAACAAUUAGAAGGAGGAACAGAGAGAUGGAAGGAGUUACUAGCGACAUGGGAUACUCUGACCUAACUGAGGUGGCACAGAAGGAGAUUCUUGGCUGCUGUUAAGCUCUAUGGCAUCAAUGACUAUUCAGGCCCCUAGGAGGUAGCAGCUUGGAUUUUGUAGAAAUAGUGAAAUCGUUGAAUGUCCGAUGUUGAAAGCAGCAAACAGUGGAAAUGCUUGUGAUGAAUCGCACCGGCGUUUUUUGAAGCGUGUCAGUGUUGUAAUGGCGCUCCUUUCUCCUCUCUCCUUCCCUUUUCUCCUUCCUCUAUUUGUUAAAAUAAAAAUA